AUGAACCAAGACCAUACUGUUCUUAAACUAGAAUAUUAUCAUCUAAAAUCAGCGCAACACCUUAUUCUGACUACUACUUCUGCAAAAAAAGGAUCAACUCUUUUUAUGAAUAGAGAACUCUUAAUUGAUGAUGACUAUACUUUUAUUGUUCAUCUUCAUAGUAUAAACUUCAUUGAACAUCAAAAAUCAAUCAAUGCAAAAAAUCUAACUGAUCUCCUAUGGCUAAGUGGAUCAAAUGAACCUCCAGUAAAUGAAUUAGGUACUGAAAAAGUUACACACACAAUUGCUUCAAGAGUCAAAGGUAGUAGAAGAAAGAAGACGUCGACUACAGCAAGAUCAUAUCUUGGUUUAAAAAAUCGCCCCAAAAUUAGUGACCUUGCUAAAAAGGCACUAAACCAAAAUCAGAGUGUUGAUGUUCCCGACCCCUCUACUCCUUAA